AUGUCUGAGAGCGCAAGUAUGCUCCAGGGCAGCAAACGAGGAACGGAUUCCAGCGUGGAUGUAGGGGGCGCAAAGCGGACGAAAGUAGACAUGGACGACGGCAGUAGUAGCAAUAAUGACGAGAAGGAGCUGCUCGAAGCCACCAAGGCGGACGAGCUUGACGAGGUCGUCGACGACUAUGCGGAGCAAAACGACCAUUCCGCUCAGGAGGUAGCAGGCGAGUACGUGCCUAAGAAGCCGGAGCAACCGAUCAUGCUCACCAAAGAUUCGAACAGCGGCAAAUAUGUGUUCCCCCCCAUCUCCAAGGAAGAUUCCCUCAACGCACGCUAUUUUCUCAAGUACCAUGGGUCGGCGCAGUUCCUGGACUCAUACCUGCCGGAGGAUCUGAACUCGCUGUACGUGUUCCACCUUAUUAAGCUGCUGGGCUUUCAGCUCAAGGACCGGGAGUUGCUGACCGCGGUCCAGAAAGCUGUGCAAAACGACGUAACAUCAGGCGUGUCGUCUGUUGUGGGCACCAACCCCAUGGUUGAGCGAGUUUCGCCGCCGCAGCUAUCUGCGAGCACGCCCUCCGGCGACGGCUACGAUGACCCGCUUGAGAAGAAACAUGCUGUGCGGUUGAUCAAGGACCUGCAGAAGGCGAUGAAUAAGGUGCUGAGUACCCGUAUUAGGCUGGCGAAUUUUUUCACUCUAGACCACUUUAUCUCCAAGCUAAAAAGCGCGAAGAAGGUGCUUGUCCUCACUGGGGCCGGUAUUUCUACCUCACUGGGAAUUCCCGAUUUUCGCUCUUCCAAAGGGUUCUACUCUCAGGUGACAAACCUCGGACUUGACGACCCGCAGGAUGUCUUCAACUUAGAUAUAUUCAUGGAGAAUCCCUCAGUAUUCUACACUAUCGCCGAGAAGAUCUUGCCUCCUGAACACAAGUUCUCGCCGCUACACAGCUUUAUCAAAAUGAUCCAGGAUAAAGGUAAGCUUCUGCGCAACUACACUCAGAAUAUUGACAAUCUUGAGUCAUAUGCUGGCAUCUUCAAGGAAAACAUUGUGCAAUGCCAUGGCUCCUUCGCUACUGCGUCUUGCGUGACGUGCCAUUUAAAAAUGCCCGGAGAGAGAAUAUUUCAACAGAUCAAGGACAGGGAGAUCCCCUUGUGUGCUUAUUGCUACCCGAAAAGACAAGAAGAGUAUCCGACGGUCUCCGAUGACCCGGGAACGAAGAACGGACAGCAGUCCUCGCACAAUUCAAGCUCAAUUUUCCAUAUGAGUAGGUCGUUUGGUGUCAUCAAGCCGGAUAUUACGUUUUUUGGCGAGGCGCUUCCAUUGGAAUUUCACACAAAUAUUCGGCAAGACGUGUUGCAAUGCGAUCUGCUGAUCUGUAUCGGAACAAGUUUGAAAGUGGCGCCAGUUUCCGAGAUUGUUAACAUGGUUCCAGCUCACGUACCACAAGUACUUAUCAAUAGAGACCCCGUUAAGCACGCCGAAUUUGACCUAACGUUACUGGGGCUGUGCGACGACGUUGCAGCUUUCAUAGCUCAGAAAUGUGGGUGGGAUAUCCCUCACGAAAAUUGGCCGCAGCUGAAACAGAGGAACAUCCAGUAUGACGAACUAGAGCGCGGUAUGUACUAUGUUUAUGACCCUGUAAAGGAACAGGCUAAAGAUACAGGGCAGCGCCAAGUUCAGGCGCCCUAG